AUGCGGUGCGUGUGCGCGCUUUGCCUGCCUGGCGCGUGUGGGAGGGCGGGCCUGGACGUCCUGCGCGUGGCGCUGCUGUGCUGGGCCGUGGAGGGCCCGCUGCAGGGGAUGGCCUACUCGGCGGGAGAGCUGGCGCGCACCUUCUCCUGCUCGGCCGCACUCGCCUACAACCUGACCAGCACGCGCGUCCACCUCAUGGUGGCGCCCUUCCAGCAGGCGCUCCUCUCCACCAAGGUGGACACUAACGACGCGCGGCGCGCCCUGGGAUCUGUGCGGGGCGUCGUGGAGCCACUGCGCGCAGAGUUGGAGGGCGGCGUCGUUCCUCUGGAGCACAACGACUACCUGGACGAGCUGCAGAAGAGACCGAAGCGAUCCACGGAUACGGGGGAGAGCCCAGACGGCGCUGGCACCAGCGUCGAGGCCAAGUACGCGGAGCGGCUGGCGGGGCGCUGCCGGCAGCAACUGGAGCGCGGCGCGGACCGCUGCCGCGGCAUGUUCCAGGGCGCCUACGACCGCUGCUACCGCACCGUCUCCUGGAUCGCCGCCUGGCUGCUCUGCUGGCCCAUGAAGCUCACCUUCUUCUGCAACAUCGCGCAGGGUAACCAGCCCUCCGGCCACAUUUCUAAUAUGGAGAAAACACUGAGCAACUUUCGGACUCUAUUUGCACAGAACUACCAUGAGCGUUACUUGGCGGACGUGCGCUGGGACAACUGGCGGGUGACAGCCUACUUCCGGUUGGUGGACGCACGCCGGCGCGCCAAGGGGCGCCAUCCGCUGCUGCCUCUGCGACCCGUGGAGAAGACACGCAUGCACCCUCGCUCCAGUCCACAGCUUGUACGCCGGACAUUCAUGCUACUGCUUGAAGUGCUGGCCAUGAGUGUGCUGGUUCUGAUGGACAGGCUAAUGUAUGAGAUCCUGUCUCUCAUCAGCAGGCAUGCACUUAUCCACUACACACAGACAGGGUCUCAUGACAUGAGCAUUGAAGUAAAAGGAACUGGCCUAAUUGCCAAGAUAGUGAGAUCUAUAGUAAAAGGUUUUAACAUCAAGAAAAGAGUUAAAUAUUUUACUAGCAAUGAAGCCUGCCUUCCUGUUCCAAAGAAGCCAAAUAUUUAUAUUAUAUGCAAGAUAUAUGGCACUUAUUUUGCUAUGUGGGUGAUUAUUCUAGUCAGUUCAUACAUCAACCGAUUCCAGAGUGUAAUCUGUGCAUAUUUUUAUCCCAAGCAAGAGAAGAGGAGAAUUUUGUUCCUUUACAAUGAAACACUGAAAACUAGAGCUGGCAUUCUACAACACAUGAAAGCUACCAUUAAACAUCAAGCAAGAAUAAAACAAAUGGAGGUCUCACAGUGCAAUAUACUCACAGUGAUGCGCAUUCGAUAUCCGAAGUACUGUUCAUGGCUUCAGAUCUUCCCUGCAGCUCGAAGGCGCUGCAUGAUAUGUCAACAGAAAGAGUCUAGACCUAGGAAAGGGCCUUCCUUUAUUUACUGUACAACACCAAACUGCUACACUGUACAUUGCCCAGACUGCUGGAAUGAUGUGGGAAAAGUUUGUUUUGCUUGUUACUAUCUAAGUGGCUCUGCUUCCAGUUCAAACAGUGAUGAUGAUACUCAUGUUCAUGGAAAUGCUGAAAUGGACUCUGAUGACUGA